AUGGUGAACGUUGCUGUUAUUGGCGCCGCUGGUGGUAUUGGUCAGUCCCUUUCGCUGCUGCUUCUGCGCGAGCUGCCAUACGGGAGCACACUCUCAUUGUACGACGUGGCGGGUGCCCCUGGUGUGGCUGCUGACCUAUCUCACGUGGACCGUGCCGGUGUCACAGUGAAGCACGCCAGUGGAAAGCUCCCUCCCGUGCCGCGAGACCCCGCACUUGCCGAGCUCGCCCGUGGUGUUGACGUCUUCGUCAUUGUGGCUGGUGUGCCGCGCAAGCCAGGCAUGACACGUGACGACCUGUUCAAGGUGAACGCUGGUAUCAUCAUGGACCUCGUCCUGACAUGUGGAUCAGCAUCCCCCGAUGCUUGCUUCUGCGUCGUCACGAACCCCGUGAACAGUACAGUGCCAAUUGCAGCGCAAGCACUGAAGAAGCUCGGUAUCUACAACAAGAACAAGCUCUUUGGCGUGAGUCUGCUCGAUGGACUUCGCGCCACACGUUUCAUCAACAAUGCUCGUUACCCACUCUCCGUGCGCUCUGUGCCUGUUGUGGGUGGUCACAGCGAUGUGACCAUUGUGCCUCUCUUCUCGCAGAUCCCCGGCCCUCUUCCGGACGCGUCAACCCUUGAGAAGAUCUGCAAGCGCGUGCAGGUGGCAGGAACAGAGGUGGUGAAGGCGAAGGCGGGUCGCGGCAGUGCAACGCUGUCGAUGGCGGAGGCGGGCUCCCGCUUUGCCAUGUUUGUCGUGAAGGCAAUCACUGGACAGGACUCACCGAUGGUGUACGCCUUCGUUGACACAGAUGGCCACCACGAGUGCCCGUUCCUUGCAAUGCCUGUGGUGCUCGGUAAGAACGGUAUUGAGAAGCGCCUGCCCAUCGGCCGCAUUACCUCCACUGAGCAGCGUAUGCUCGAUGAGGCUGUUGCUGUGGUGAAGAAGAACAUUGAGAAGGGAGAGGCGUUCGCUCGCUCGAAGCUGUAA